UAUAAAAUGCCUACGUUUGCAAAAUAUGAGUGAGGGAGAAAGGGGGGCAGCACGAAAGAGAGAGAAAUGAAAAGUAAAUCAUGAAGAAAAGGGGAAGGAGAAAUGUUGAGGUAGUUUAUUUGUGAGGAGAUUUGAUCGGAUCAUGAUGUUAAGAUUAAGUCUCCUGCUUCUCCUGCUCUCCCGCUCGGCCUACUCGACGCUGCUGGGGUGGGUAGAGUCUCCAGGGUAUCCCACUGGAUACUUGCCCCAUGCCAGUCUAAACUGGAGCAGGUGUGCCCCCAAAGGUCACACCCUCUCCAUCAAGCUCAUCCACCUGGACCUGGAGGACAGCCAUGACUGUGAAAACGACGCAGUGAAGGUCUUUUCAAAUGGAAACCUAAUCGCAGUUCUGUGUGGCAAAAGGGAAUUUGAGGAGCUUGAGUCCUCUGUUAAUCCCUCACUCCACUCCACCUCGGGCGGCUGCCUCACUCUUACGUUCCACUCCGACUACUCAAACAUCAAGAGGCACACCGGCUUCAGAGGCUUCUACACCGAUCAAGACUUUGAUGAAUGUGAGCAUAACAACCCUGACAACAAAUGCACCCAGUUCUGCCACAACUACAUCGGAGGGUACCACUGCUCCUGUCGCCAUGGUUACUAUCUGGACGCGGACAAACACACUUGCACAGUGAGUUGUACCAAGGAUCUGUCUGGGCUGAGGGAAGGGGAUAUAUCCACUCCCUCUUGGCCUAGCUCAUAUGCAGAGAAUGCCAACUGUCAGUACACGCUGUCUGUGGAGGACACCCUGCAGCUGGAGCUACACUUCUCUCAAGAUUUCGAUGUGGAGCAAAGCGAUGGCCAAUGCAUAGAUGCACUGAGGAUUGAGACCCCUUCUGGGACUCUGGGGCCAUUCUGUGGUAAAACACCUCCCCCCUCUCCCCUCCUCACUUACUCACAUCAUGUCCAAAUACACUUCACCUCUGAUGGCUAUGGCACCAACAAAGGUUUCACUCUCCACUUCAAGACCACAGAAAAGGUCUGUCAGGCGGUGGUGACCCCACACUCCACCCUGACUCCUCAGCAACCAGAAUAUUAUCCCGGUGAAACAGUGACAGUAACUUGUGAACUUGGCUAUGUUGCGAAUACUCAAGGCACCCAGACGCUGAUAUCAGAAUACACGACCACAUGCCAGAUUACAGGAGUUUGGACUCCCACUUACGCCUGUGAACCUGUGGAUUGUGGCUUUCCUGAUAUCCCAGAAGAUGGCAUCCUUGAGUUGGUGGACUCAGAUGACCGGCACACUCUGUAUAAAGACCAGAUCCACUUUAACUGCAGUUCAAAGUACUACACACUGGAAGGAGAUGACACGUACACUUGCAGUGCCAGUGGUGAAUGGGUAUCAGAUGGUGGUAAGAAGGAGAUGCCAAAAUGCAUUGAAGUGUGUGGGAAGCCUGAAAAACUCUCUACAAGUGUAGGCAGAAUUAUGGGAGGUAAGGACGCAAAGAUGGGACAGAUACCAUGGCAGCUUUUGAUCAAAGAGCCGAGCAGAGGAGGGGCAUCACUGAUCAAUGACCGAUGGGCUGUCACAGCAGCUCAUGUGGUUGAAAAUGUACAGGACACUGCUUUGCGCCUGUAUGGUGGACUGAUAGAUGGAAGAAAAGCAGAUCGGUCACCUAGUGUUGUCAUGGACAGUGAGAAGAUCAUUAUUCAUCCUGGCUACAUCAAGGGCGGAGAAGAACCCACCAAUUUUGACAAUGAUAUCGCUCUUAUCAGAUUAGCUUCCAGGGUGGAUUUAGGCCCAAACCUCCUUCCCAUUUGUCUGCCAGAGCCAAACAGGGGCUUAGUGGAAGAUGAACAAGGCACAGUGUCAGGCUGGGGGACAAUGGGUGAUACCAGGGUGCCUGCCAUAUUAAAGUACGCUCAGGUUGGGGUCAAAUCCCUUACAGAGUGUCAGAAUACACCUUUCAUACCUAAAACUAACAAACGCAUGAUUUUCACCAAUAACAUGUUCUGUGCUGGAGGAGAAAGAACGGACAGCUGCGAGAAAGACAGCGGAGGUCCGUUUGUUACACCUAUGUUGGCUGAAGGCGUAGAUCGUUAUUAUCUCACUGGCAUUGUGUCCUGGGGAGCCCCCUGUCGGGAGAGGCAGUACAAGGGUUAUUAUACCAAGGUGGAGAAUUAUGUGGACUGGAUUAAAAACACAAUCAAUACAAUAGAAACAUCUUAGACAGAAGAAGGAUGAAGGAGAAAAUACUUGUCUACUAACCGUAAUAACGUAAUACAGGACUGAUUCAGAUCUCUAAAAUAAAGCUGUUAAUGAAACUAUUAUAAUCUUGUAAUGAGCAUUAAGAUGUGAUCACAUUCAUACUACACUUGUAUAUUAAAGGAAUUUGCAAAUCAA